CGCCUCCCCUCUUCCUCCGCCCGUCCCCGCCGGGCGGGUCUGGUGCGUGGCACAGGCUCCAGCAGCCCCGGAGCUUUCUAGAGCCGCUCUCUGCCGGGUCCUUGCGAAGCGGGGCAGCGCCCGGGGCCGUCCCGCAGGCAGCGUCCCGGUCGGUGUCGGCUCCCGGACCGGGAUCCAAGCGGGGAAGUCGCCUCCAUGGUGCCCCCGGCGGUGCUGCUGCCCUGGGUGGUGCUGGCGCUGCUCGGGGUGGAGGGUGGCAGUGCCUCCAAGCAGGAAGAAAACCUGCUGGUUCUUACUGUUGCCACCAAGCAGACUGAGGGAUUCCGACGCUUUAGAAGAUCAGCCCAAUUCUUCAACUACAAAGUUCAGGUACUUGGACUUGAUGAGGAAUGGAAGGGUGGAGAUGACAAGAAGCCAGCUGGAGGUGGGCAGAAGGUCCGUCUCUUGAAGAAAGCAUUGAAGCAAUAUGCAGAUGAUGCAGACUUGAUCAUCCUUUUCAUAGAAAGCUAUGAUGUACUCUUUGCUUCGGGCCCCACAGAACUGUUGAAGAAGUUCAAACAAGCCAAGAGCAAGGUGGUGUUCUCAGCAGAGAACUACAUCUAUCCUGACAGAAAGCUGGAAGCCAAGUACCCUCAGGUGCGAGAUGGAAAGCGCUUCUUGGGUUCUGGAGGCUUUAUAGGUUAUGCGCCAAACCUGAAAAAACUUGUAGAGGAGUGGAAAGGACGGGACGAUGACAGUGACCAGCUCUUCUACACAAAUGUCUUUUUGGAUCCAGAAAAAAGAGAAAAUAUCAACAUCAGUCUAGAUCAUAGAAGCCGGAUCUUCCAAAACCUAAAUGGAGCAUUAGAUGAGGUGGUUCUGAAGUUUGAAAACGCACGAGUGAGAGCAAGGAACUUGUUAUAUGACACUCUGCCUGUGGUGAUUCAUGGAAAUGGACCUACCAAGCUGCAGCUGAACUACCUGGGAAACUACAUUCCUCAAAUAUGGACAUUUGAGACUGGCUGCACUGUGUGUGACGAAGGUCUGCGAAGCCUAACAGGUAUUAAGGAUGAGGCACUGCCAAUGAUUCUGAUUGGCAUUUUCAUUGAGCAACCCACUCCGUUCCUCUCCCAGUUUUUCUCACGGCUUCGUAAACUUCAUUACCCAAAGCAACGAAUCCAACUCUUCAUUCACAAUCAUGAGGAACAUCACUCAAUGCAGGUGGACUCUUUUGUUGAGGAGCAUGGCAAAGAAUAUCUCGCCAUCAAAGUGAUCGGACCAGAUGAUGAGAUGGAGAAUGCUGAGGCGCGUAACUUGGGCAUGGAUUUGUGCAGAAAGGAUCCUGACUGUGACUAUUAUUUUAGCCUGGAUGCUGAAAUAGUUCUGAAGAACACAGAGACUCUAAGGAUCCUAAUUGAACAGAAUAAGCUGGUGAUUGCCCCACUGGUAAGUCGACAUGAGAAGCUGUGGUCAAAUUUCUGGGGAGCACUGAGCCCUGAUGGAUACUAUGCCCGCUCAGAAGAUUAUGUGGAUAUUGUUCAAAGGCGGAGGGUUGGGCUUUGGAAUGUUCCCUACAUCAGCAGUGUUUACAUGGUUAAAGCUAGCACUCUGCGAUCAGAGCUUGACCAGGGAGAUCUCUUCCACAGUGGCAAGCUGGAUGCUGACAUGGCUUUCUGCCACAACGUCCGGAAUCAGGGAGUCUUUAUGUACUUGACAAAUCGACAUCAGUUCGGACACAUACUGUCCCUGGAGAAUUAUCAAACAGAUCACCUCCACAAUGACCUCUGGCAAAUAUUCAGCAACCCUGAGGACUGGAGAGAAAAGUACAUCCAUGAAAACUAUACAGCAGCUCUGAAAGGGAAAUUGGUAGAAAUGCCCUGCCCAGAUGUUUACUGGUUCCCUAUAUUCACUGACACUGCCUGUGAUGAGCUGGUGGAAGAAAUGGAACAUUAUGGCAAGUGGUCCACAGGUGACAAUACGGACAGUAGAAUACAAGGAGGCUAUGAAAAUGUCCCAACUAUUGAUAUCCACAUGAACCAAAUAGGCUUUGAAAGAGAAUGGUACAAGUUCCUUCUGGACUAUAUUGCACCCAUCACAGAGAAACUGUACCCAGGAUACUAUACCAAGACUCAGUUUGAGCUAGCCUUUGUAGUCCGCUACAAACCUGAUGAGCAGCCCUCCCUAAUGCCCCAUCACGACGCUUCCACCUUUACCAUUAACAUUGCUCUGAACCGAGUUGGAAUAGACUAUGAGGGAGGAGGCUGUCGGUUCCUGCGCUACAACUGCUCAAUUCGAGCUCCACGGAAAGGGUGGACCCUUAUGCAUCCAGGACGCCUGACCCACUAUCAUGAAGGUCUUCCAACCACCAAAGGAACCCGUUAUAUCGCAGUGUCCUUUCUUGACCCCUAGAGCCAUGCUUCCAAGGAAGGACCCUUCCCUGGCCCCGCUCACUGCUGACUUUGAGUGGAAACAGGGAACGCUGCUGAGAGUCUCUAAGGCAUUGAUCAAAGCUAUGUGGAUAUUGAUUUUUAAUGAUAUUUUAAGACUCCACUACUGGAAGAUCUCCCUCUCUGAUACUGCAGGCAAUAUCUAGGAAUGUUGCUGUAGAAUUGGAAGAUUUUGUGCCUUCAUUUCUGAUUCUGGUCCUCAUCCGCUGUUUCUUGGAAAUGCGAUUUACUUGAACCUUCACUGCUUGGUUAGUUUUACAGAAAUGCUUUCUUGGACUGGAAAUCCAGCUUUUUGGAGGCAAGUCACAAGCUCUCUCUCUCCAAGUAGUUGGAAGCCCUUUUCUAUCUACAGCAUAUACAGGACUGGACAUUGGAAUAGCAUCCAGAAAUGAUUUUCUAAACAUAAACAAUCAGGGAGCUGGCUCCAAGAGUCAAAACAGUUAAAUGUCAUACCAGAUGAAACUCAGUAGUAAGAGCCUGAAGAUCAUCUGAUUCCUUACCUCUUUGCAGUCUUGGGAAACGUAUCACAAAGUUCAAAGCAGCAGCAGUGACAAUAUAGGUGCUUCCUGUUAGCUAAAGGAAGGUCCGCUAAUGAUUCUUUACCUCUGGGAUUAGUCUGAAGACAUAAAAAAUAGCCUCCUUAUCUUGUAUUACUGCAGUUUAAAGGGAGCGUGUAUAUCCAGACAAAUUCAGAACAUGUCAAUAUGUGCAGAUUAAAUAUAAGAAAGGGAAGGCUGGCAACAACUAGAUCAGCGAGGAGGGCUUCAUUGCUGAAUUAGCUAAGCUCUAUCGCAUGUUAAGAUUUUCAAGAGCUCUUAAUCAUGGGGUAACAAUCCUGAGGCCUCACUGGUCUUUGAUGGCCUCAGUGAUUAUUUGGAUAAUUUCCUUUGCAUCUAGCUAGAAUGGGCCAUCACUAUAAAAGAACUAUUUUCUGGUACUUAGAGGAAAUCAUUAUUCAGUAUUUCUAUUAAUUUGAGAUUCCAAACCAAAGUACUCCACCGCAGACACUUCUCCAGUGGGGCUGAGACUGAAAGAAAUGAGUGGUUGGAAAGUGCUAAGAUAGUGUGGUGAACCAACAGGUGUAAAAAUCUGCCUAGGUUAGGUUGUAGGAGCAAAUAGGGAAAAACCUUUCUGCUGUUACCUGUGAGAUACCUGCUCUGCUUUUUAGACACCUUUAUUCUCUCAGUCUGCCAGACUGGAAUGUUUCACAAGCAGUAAAUUCACAUCAGAAUUGUCCUUAGAAAAAUAUUAAUCUUCUGUGUGUCCCCAGCCUCUGCUAUCUAAUUUUCACGUGUAGAGCCUUGUCAUCUAGGACGGGACCUACCGAUGCAGGCAGGAUAGCUUUAGUCAUGUACAUUUUGGCAGAGAACUCACUCUCUACAGUUUGAGUGGACCUGCAGAAGGUACAAGAGGCCCUUUCCCACAGUUUCCAUGGGCUGUUGAUGUCUGUUUCUGUGCUACACACUCACACAAGCAGAAGGGAGAAAAAAACGCUGGACAAUCACCUUGAAGAGUAAAACGGUCACAAUGUGCUGACUGAAAUCCAUAACAAAUGACCCAAUGUUGCCAAAUAAAGGGACUUUACAGACCAAUCAUUGAGAUGUCGAGUAGGUGUAUGUAUUUAUUUAGCAGAGUUAUUUUUUUUCCCCCCACUUAUUUUGUCGCGUUUUCCUCUGCCCGGUACUGUGACUGGAACGAAUUAGGAGCCUGCGCGCUCUGAUGUUUCACACAGGAUGUACAAUUUCAACCAGGGGAACUCGCAUUAAACCAUUACAACACGC